AUGAACAAUUGGGAGCCUGUGAGAGUCCGUGAGAGCCCGUGGGAGCCUGUGAACAACGGGGACAAGGGUCGCCCGGUGACUCGAGGAACAGUGGCGUCCAUGGACGCGAGCAUGCGGAAAAUCUCGAUCGAGGAGGAGGACGAGGCGGAGGUUCAAGGGAAUGCCUCAGGGAAUCGAGGGUUCUCCGCGGGGAAUCGAGGGUUCUCCGCGGACGGGGAGAGCAAGGCGGAUCUCUCCCAUCAGCAUUCCAUUCUCGUCUCUCCUCAAGCAGGAGGGGACGGGGGAAGGGCCGGAGGGAUUUGCGAGGCUUGCACUGGGAGGCCGAGCACGUCCUAUCGGUACGACAUGGACCGGUAUCGCAACUCGGUGGAUCUCGGGAUGUCGAACCGGGAUAUCGCCUCCUUUCCGCCCCCGCUCGUAACCGCCAGGUAUUUUUUUCCGGACUGCUCUCGAGAUCCUGGGUACUCUACUUCGCCCGGACGUACCAAAGCUGUCCCCGCCGGAGACCUAGAAGAUCCUGGCUUCUACCAACGGGAAUCUAAAACCGGUGAAGUCCUCCCGUCCAACGCAAGGGUGCUCAUCGCUACCUUCAACGUGCUCCUAACUCGGCAUCAUCAGUGCAGCCCUGAUUCCGAAGGGCACCUGUAGGGGGACCUUUGUGCACGAUGUCGAACUUUGUCAUAUCCGGUGACGCAUUCGUUUUGAGCGGACACUCGGACAGGUGCCAAAAAAAAAAAAGAAUGAUCUAGUCCUUUAGAUUUCAAAGGCACAUGGUGUAUAUCCGUUACACAUACGGUUUUCUCACGUCUCCUGAUCUCAUUCAGUCCUUUUAUGAAUUUGAUAGCUUUAUGAAUUUGGUGAGAGCAAUAUUACAGCCAGUGAUUUUGGGAUUUGCCCAAGUGCAAAAGGAUUAUAUUUUGGCAAAUGAGAUGAAUUUGUCCAUUUUAAGGGAUGGAAUAGGUUUUGCUUGAUAAUAGAUUCAGAGAACACGAAUGGCACAUGAUCGCACUGUUGAGCACAAUGUGACUCAUUGGUGCUUCAAGAAUCUCUGCCAUGGUACCUGAAUGACUGGCACAGUAUUUGCCAUAUUAUUCAUGAUGCUCACAUCUCAGAAAAAAAAGUGAAUUCCUGCAUUCCUUAAUUGAUGCUGCUCAUCUGCUACACUGUGAUAGUUGUGCACACUUCCUUUUGAUUUGAUGACACUGUUGAAGUAGACCCACACAGCAAAAGGUCUGAACAGUUCAAAUUUUACUGUCUAAAUGUUUUCCUUGUCACCACUUUGCAUCAUUUCUCUCUGGAUCACCUUCCCGGAGGACAAUAUGCGAUCGUGUCCGACCCAUGGUACACGCACCGAUCUGUUUGUAGUCCCCCAUGUCUGUCUUCACUGCUGGUCAAUACUGAAUAAAGCACAUGGAAUCGAAUGUAG